GCGGCGGACUAUGAGGCGCCCACCAUGGUGCGAUGCGACCGCGGGCUGCAGAUGCUGCUGACCACGGCCGGAGCCUUCGCUGCCUUCUCGCUCAUGGCCAUAGCCAUCGGCACCGACUACUGGCUCUACUCCAGCGCGCACAUCUGCAACGGCACCAACCUGACCAUGGACGACGGGCCCCCGCCGCGCCGCGCGCGCGGCGACCUCACCCACUCCGGGCUGUGGCGGGUGUGUUGCAUCGAAGGUAUCUAUAAAGGCCAUUGCUUCCGGAUCAACCACUUCCCAGAAGACAAUGAUUAUGACCAUGACAGUUCGGAGUACCUCCUCCGCAUCGUUCGAGCCUCCAGUGUCUUUCCCAUCCUCAGCACCAUUCUGCUCCUGCUCGGAGGGCUGUGCAUUGGCGCUGGGAGGAUCUAUAGCCGUAAGAACAAUAUUGUCCUCAGUGCUGGCAUUCUCUUCGUGGCUGCAGGCCUCAGUAACAUCAUAGGCAUCAUCGUCUACAUUUCUAGUAACACAGGCGACCCCAGUGACAAGCGCGAUGAAGACAAAAAGAACCAUUACAACUAUGGCUGGUCUUUUUACUUUGGAGCCCUGUCGUUCAUUGUGGCGGAGACCGUGGGCGUCCUGGCUGUAAACAUUUACAUUGAGAAAAAUAAAGAGUUGAGGUUUAAGACCAAACGGGAAUUCCUUAAGGCCUCUUCCUCUUCUCCUUACGCCAGGAUGCCAAGCUACAGGUACCGGCGACGGCGUUCCAGGUCCAGCUCCAGAUCCACCGAGGCCUCGCCAUCCAGGGACGCAUCUCCUGUGGGCCUGAAGAUCACUGGGGCCAUCCCCAUGGGCGAGCUGUCCAUGUACACUCUGUCCAGGGAGCCCCUCAAGGUGACCACAGCUGCCAGCUAUAGUCCUGACCAGGAUGCCGGCUUCCUGCAGGUACAUGAUUUCUUCCAGCAGGACCUGAAGGAGGGCUUCCACGUCAGCAUGCUGAACCGGCGGACGACCCCUGUGUGACCUGCCCACCCCUCUCGGCACCAGCCUCCCCCAGAGUGGCUAUUUGUGUGACAUGCAACAGGGUGACCCUUAAGACAACGAACAAUGAAAUGGAGUCAAGCGCAACCCUCCCUGGUCUCCAGAAGAUGCUGUGGGCUGGCUUAGAAGCCAGGAGCCCAGAAUCAGGGCUAGGGUAGAAGCUGAAGGCUGACUGGAUCCUAAAAAAAGUGUUUUGCUGCCCUCCAGGUCUCUGAAAUUUCCCAGGAAGCCUGAAAAGUUUCUAGAAGACUGCAUUAGUUCACCUGGCCUGCUUCUUGGAAACCAGUCUUACCAGAAGACGAAUUCAGAGCCUCUCCCCUGCCUGGGCACUGGGCCACUGGAAGGCUUCUUCUAGAUACUAGGAACUUCUGGGCUCUCUUCGGCUGCUUUCCAUCCAGAAGUUCCUGUGUCCUGGAGCCUGAAUUGAGCCGAAGCUCAUCCCCUUCCCCUGUGUCUCCCCCUCUUAGUGUCUGUCUGGCACCCUGGUGGGGCCUGUGGUUGAACACAUCAUCUAUCCUGAAGAGAAAGUUCUAUGGUCAAUUGGUGCUUCAGCCUCACACUGUCCUGGGGCCGGCUUCUCUCCACCUCAGGAGACCAAAGCCUGUGGAGGAGAGUCCAGGGUAAAGGCAGAGGCUUGGCUGGCUUUCCUUUCUGCUUCUGGAAGUUUCUGCCAUGCUGAGAACGGGCAGAACACACUGACUGAACUUGAAGGUCCGGAGGAUUCCAUGGGUCAGAGGAAAGGUAGACAAGUGGCCUCUUGCUGUGUCCCUCCCCACUAGCCUGAGGGACAACUCUGCCCCCUGAGCAGCACAGGGCCCUUCUGGAAGAUGGAGCAAAAGCAGAUGCAUAAGCUUAAAUGCAAGAAAAAGAAGCCUGAGGGUGGGCAGGGACCAACAGGAAGAGAACGAGUAUCUGUUUCCACCUGGUUAUGGAUUGUGACGUUCUGAAAAACCAACGCCAGGAGAGCAAGUUAUACUGAUUUCUUCAUCUUCAAAAUAGCAGUUUCGCCUUCCCCAGCUCCUAUUAUUGUAAUUUAUUCUGCUGGCACCAGAAAGGAUGCACUGUAAGUUUGACUCGAGGGGCCAAGCUGGACUUUUCUUUCUCAAGAGAGGGAAACCUCAGUAACUUUGUUUAAAACUAAGGAAAUGAUUUCUGUGUUUUACAGUUUUGCCAGCCGUUCCCCUUUCCCCUCUUGAGGCAGGCAGAAAACAAGUACAUUCAGAUUUGGAAAAACUGUCCGGAAACGUAGAGUUUCCCCUUUUCUAUAACACAUAUGCUUUCUAAGGAUAAAUUCUUUCUUACUUUUUGAGACUUCUGAAUCCAAUCUUGAACAGUCAUCUGUGAUCCUGGUAGCUGUCCCACUUAGAAUGACAAACAAAUUCUUACCUCAGUCACCUGCUCGUGGAACCCCUGGGUGGACUCAGAGUUCAGACCCAGAACUAUUUGGUCUGGGGAUGACUUUUGCCUUUCCCUGCCUGCCCGUCACUGCCCUCCCCAAGAGGAAGACAUCCCAUGUCAUAGCUCCAGCCGACCGCCUCAUGCGCUGGUGAGCUGAGAUGCGGGUAUGCCAGGACUACUUGUGCUUGCUUGAAACCCACCCCUCCCAGCCAGGUUGGCUCCUCAGUAUGUGUCUAAGCAUGCCUUGCAGUGAGCACCAGUGUCAGGACGUGUGGCCUGUCCCUGCUUCAGGCCUCCUCCCUGCCCACCUCCCCUCACAUGCCACCUUCACCUCCCCUCCAUCUCCACCCCCAUUUCAACAUCAACAAGGCUGAAGGAAGCCCCAGCACCCAGCGAGGCCCAGGACUUGUCUCCUGUCUCUUCUGAAAACAGCACAGCCUUGUUGUCAACUCCCACAUAAGCCACCUCCCCAGUAGUAAUCCCAGAAGUUUCUGUGAUUCCACAAAGAACGCUGUGUUCCAGUGAAUCCUACCUCCUGCCCAGUCCCAGGCAGAGUGAGCAGGGCCCUGUCCAGGGACAAAGAAAGAGUUAGAAAGAAGGGAAAGCGACAUAGGGACAGAACGCAGGAUGCAAAACCGUCUCAGCUGCUCCAGCCUCCACAGCCUUCCUCCCACUGCCGGCUGGCUCCGCUCUGGGGACCCUGGUCUCCGGCUUGCGCUCCACUGGGGGCAGAGGGAACAAGCUGGCUCCUUACUGCUACCAGUCUCAGAGCUGGCUCCCUUCUGAGGGGACGUGUGGCCCAAGCCCACCCUCCUGCCCUUCUCCUGUCCCGCCCCUGUGUGUUUCACCAGUUAAGCACCUGUGAUUCUGUACCCACCAAUGGUUUGGGGUUGU